AUGAACCGAUUAUUCGGGACCAAAAGCACGGCUCCCAAGCCCACGCUCGACGAUGCUAUUUCCAAAGUGGACAACCGCGUCGCUAGCAUCGACGUGAAACUCGCCUCACUCAAUUCCGAGCUCUCGACGUACCAGGCCAAAAUCGCCAAGAUGCGCGACGGGCCCGGCAAGAACGCGCUGCGCCAGAAGGCGCUCAAGGUGCUGCAGCGGCGGAAGCAGUACGAGGCGCAGCGUGACCAGCUGUCGCAGCAAUCGUGGAACAUGGAGCAGGCGGGGAUGAUGCAGGAUAAUCUGAAGAACGUGAUGACGACGGUUGACGCGAUGAAGACGACGACGAAGGAGCUGAAGAGGCAGUAUGGCAAGGUGGACGUGGACAAGAUCGAGCGCAUGCAGGAUGAGAUGGCGGAUCUGAUGGAUAUCGGGAACGAGAUCCAGGAGAGUAUCUCUCGGGCGUACGACAUCCCGGAGGACGUGGAUGAGGCGGAGCUCGAUGCGGAGCUCGAGGCGCUGGGCGAGGAGUCGAUGUUUGAGAGCGCGAUGGGCGAGAGUGCCAUGCCGAGCUUCAUGCAGGACGAGGUGGUGCCACCUCAGUUUAUCGAUGAGCCUCCCGAGCAAGCAAAGGUCAAGGAGCCUGCUGGUGGUCUGGGCUAA